GCCACUUCCCGUCGUCGUCGUCGGCGUUAACUUUAUCUCUCUUCUCCACUCCCAUUCCUCCACUCAUAAUCACUCACUAUCACGCCUUUGGAACGAGUUUUCAUUUUCACUACAGUAAGGGAAGAAAUGCUCAUCUGAUCUUCAAUUAUCACUACACGCAAGUUGUGAUUGCUCUCCAUGGGGAGCAUUUCGUCGGAAGACGGUUCCGAUCAACAGAGUGGUAUCUGUGGAAGUUACUGUUUAAGUGCCGAUGUAAGUGAAUCGGAAAGUUCGAGUAGUUUCUCUUGUCGACGGUAUGCUGCUGAAGGUGGAUCAAGUUCAAUCGCAUCCUCUCCUCUUGCUUGUCGUCAGAUGAAUGUGAAUUUCUCUUUUCCGGAACCGCCUUCAUUUAUGUUGCCGGUUGUAGGUGGUAAAGAUGUGGUGAUUUGGAAUGAGAAGCCGGAGAAAAGUGACGCCGAUUUGUCUGGGAUUGAACUAAUGAAGGAGCGAUUUGCUAAGCUUCUACUUGGCGAAGAUAUGUCUGGUGGUGGUAAAGGUGUAUGUACAGCCCUAGCAAUUUCUAAUGCUAUCACGAAUCUAUCUGCCACAGUGUUUGGAGAAUUGUGGAGGUUAGAACCUCUUGCAUCGCGUAAGAAAUCGAUGUGGUUGAGGGAGAUGGAGUGGCUUCUUUCAGUAAGUGAUUCAAUUGUUGAAAUGAUACCAUCAAUACAACAAUUUCCUGGUGGAGGUACUUAUGAAGUAAUGGCUACACGGCCAAGGUCUGAUUUAUAUAUGAAUCUCCCUGCUCUUAAGAAGCUGGAUGCUAUGUUAAUUGGGAUACUUGAAGGGUUUCAAGAUACAGAGUUUAAGUAUGUUGAUCAAGGUGUUGUUGACAAUGAGUCAAAUGAUGCUAAUGGAUAUCCAUUAGCUACGUUUGGUGGUGGUAGGCCUUCCGUUAGGCAACAAGAGAAAUGGUGGCUUCCUUAUCCUAAGGUCCCUCCUAAAGGACUAUCGGAUGUUUCGAGGAGGAAGCUUCAGCAGUGUCGUGACUGCACAAACCAAAUACUUAAGGCGGCAUUGGCGAUCAACAGUAAUGUGCUCGCGGAGAUGGAGGUUCCAAUUGCAUAUCUGGAAUCUUUGCCCAAAAGUGGAAAGGCUUGCCUUGGAGAUAUCAUAUAUCGUUACAUGACAGCGGAUCAAUUUUCAGCGGAUUGUCUUCUUGAUUGCUUGGAUUUAUCUUCAGAGCAUCAAACACUAGAAGUUGCGAAUAUGAUUGAGGCAGCUAUGUAUGUAUGGCAACAGAAAGAUCUGCGAAAUCUGAAGUCCAAACGUACAUUAUGGGGGGGAAAAGUAAAGGGUCUAGUUGAAGGUGACAAAAAAUUACUUCUUGCACAAAGAGCAGACACUCUUUUGCAAAGUUUAAGGCUUCGUUUCCCUGGCCUCCCACAAACAGCCCUAGAUAUGAGCAAAAUCCAGUAUAACAAGGAUGUUGGGCAGUCAAUCCUGGAAAGUUACUCCAGGGUAAUGGAGAGUUUGGCCUUUAACAUAAUAGCUAGAAUGGAUGAUGUAAUUUUCGUGGACGAUGCCACAAAGCAAAGUGCUAAAGCGGAAUCAAUCCCUUCUUUUGGACGUGGUGGUUUGGGAUGUAUGCCCAUUCAAAAGCGAAUGUCUCCUAGUCCAUUCUCCAUCCAACAUACACCAUAUGCCUCUCCAUUCGCGACUCCAAUCUUCAGUUCUUCCCCUCCCCAGCUACAAAGCCCGAGUAAAGCUCCUCUCCAUCAAACCAAGAAUACUUAUAAUAAAGUCGGAGAAGACAUAACUAUUCCAGGUGACCCAGAAAAACUUUUGUCAUUUGCUGAUAGUCUCAGUUCGAAAAGAUUUUCUAGAGAUGCUCCUGAACGCGAUUGAGAAUCUAUAUUCCGUAUUUCUACUAUAUUUUCCUUAAGCAUUUGUAGACAUGUGGUUAUUGGUACUUGUGUUAGAGACUAACUCCAAUCUUUGUAAAAAUUCUCUAGGUAGAUAUUUUGGUUGUCUAUGAGGUUUGUUAUUCUGAAUCCUCGUCUAUAUAGAAAGUUGUAGUGGUGAAUUGUAAUGCCUAUAUAACAUGCAUUUCCACUUUUCUCAA